UCGAACUACUCUGUUUUUAUGGUGUGUCAAAAUACGACUAAAAAUAAUCAAAUCAAACUAAAUUUAACAAAAUGUUAGAUUGAUAACGCAUGUUUUGGUUUUUAGAUAAUUUAAAUUACCCAACGAAGAACCAAUUAUAUAUUUGUUAUUCAUUUAACUGUUGAGGUGUAAAAGGCGGCGAAUAACCUUGCAAGUUGAUGUCAUCGUCUAGAAAUAGUCUAUUAUAAUAUAGGCGAUUUUUAUUAGUUGUUAUUUAAUAAACAACGUGCCGAAAUGUCGGCCUGAAAAAAACGGUUCAGUCUUUUUUUAGAGGUGCGUAAAAUCAAUCCUCUAAAAUGGUGUUUGAGAAUGUUGUCUCUCAAAUACUGAACAAGGUUUUGGGAGACUUUGUGGAGAAUUUAGAUGGAAAUCAACUGAAUAUUGGGAUAUGGGGAGGUGAUAUUAAUUUAAAAGACUUAGUGCUAAAAUCCUCGGCACUUAAUGCUCUGGAUUUACCUGUGCAAGUAGUUUAUGGAAAAAUUGGUAAUUUGGUUUUAAAAGUACCAUGGAAAUCCUUAUAUACACAACCUACGAUAGUAAUUGUAGAGGAUAUUUAUCUGCUUGCUCAGCCAAAUUUACAAGUGACGUACGACCCUGUAAAGGAGGAUAAAAGUAUUAUUGAGGCCAGAACUAAAGAGAUAGAGAAAAUCGAAAAUGCUAAAAAAGCAGAAAAAGAGAAAGAUCAGGCUCCGGCCGAUCCUGGUUUCGUACAGAAAGCCAUACAACAAGCCAUUAAAAAUGUCCAAAUUAAUAUCAAGAAUAUACAUUUGAGAUACGAAGAUAAGGUCACUAAUCCAAAACAACCUUUUGCCUUUGGAAUAACUCUUUCGGAAUUAUUGGUGGAGAGCACUGAUUCAAAUUGGAAGAAGGCUAUUAUUGAAGAUGUUGCUAAAAUUUAUAAAGUUGUGCAACUAGAUGGCUUAGCGGUAUACUGGAACUGUAAAGCUAAAAUGUACAGUAACUUGGCACCAGGCGAUCUAGUCGCGGCUAUGAAAAAAGAAAUUUCAACCAAAACUCACAAACCGCAGUGCAGCUAUAUUUUAGGGCCUAUAUCGGCGGGUGCCCGAUUAAGAAUGAACCAGAAACCUACGGAAGAUAAAAAACCAUAUUCUAUACCUAUUUAUCAUCUUAAUUUGGAUAUGGGGAAACUGUUCAUUGGUAUUAGUAAAUCUCAGUACAGAGAUAUAAUUGCUUUAGCCGAUUCUAUGGAUAGAAUGGCUAAAGGAGUUCCUUACAGAAAAUACAGGCCUAAUGUGAACUCAUAUCGUGGACAUUAUAAAGUGUGGUGGAAGUUUGCCUAUAAAUGCGUUGUAGAAGGUGAAGUGAAAAGACAAAGGCAGAAUUGGGACUGGAACCAUAUGAAGGCCCAUAGAAAAAUGGGCAAGGAAUACGGAGAACUAUACAAGAAAAAUCUUAAAAAUGCUUGUUCCGAAGCAGAUAAAGCAAGAAUAACAGAUUGCGAGAAGAGGCUGGAUUUAACGAGCAUCGUUAUCAUUAGACAAAGAAUCGAGAUGGAAACAGAAAGGUUGCAGAAACAAUUGGCAAAAACUCAAAAGAAAGGUUGGAUGACCGGAUGGUUUAAAGGAUCUUCUACCAGCACAGAAUAUGACGAUUCCAGCAAAUCUGAUCUCUUAAAACAGUUUGAAAAGGAAAUGACGCCUGAAGAAAAAGCUAGACUAUAUAAGGCUAUUGGCUAUCAAGAGAAUGCCGAAAUUGCAGUGUAUCCAGAGGACUUUGUAGAUAAAUCAUUAAGUUUCUUGCUUAGAACCUUAGAAAUAGAACUUCGAGAUGACGAUAAUGAUGUCAAGACAAUAUUAUUAUCAUCAUUGAAAGGCGUUAAAGUUAAGCUAGAAACCCGAGUAUCGGCGUCUGCUUUAAAAGCGCACGUAGCCAUAGAUCAUUUAAAAACAGACGGCCUGAAACAGGAAGAUUUCCUUCCCGUGUUGUUUUCGCCUGAAGAACGAAUUGUCAAGGGAGUUAAAAGUUUGUUAGAUGUCACUUUUGAGACAAAUCCCUUGGACAAGAGUUGUGAUCAGAGAAUCAAUCUUGUAGCAAAACCACUGAAGAUAAUAUACGAUGCGCAAACGAUCAACAAAGUGAUAGAUAUAUUCAAGAUUCCUCCUGAUUCUUCUCUUGACCAACUUUCUGCUGCAGCGUCUGAUAAAUUAACUGACGUUAAACAAAUGACCUCUACAGGACUACAAUAUGCCAUAGAGCAGCAUAAUCGUCUAGAUUUGGACAUAUUGUUACACGCACCUUUGAUUAUAAUUCCGUAUGGUGGAAAGUACGAGGAGAUACAGAAUGUACUGGUUGUGGAUCUUGGUACAGUUAAAGUAUAUUCUGCUGGUCACAGAUCUUCAAUAGCAGAUGUGAAAAAAUUGUACAAGGAAGGAAUGGCUCAAGAGGAAAUAUUUGAAAAAAUGACCAAGCACAGUUACGAUCGCUUCAAAAUGGACCUCUCCGAUUUGCAGAUCAUGAUCGCGCAAAGCGAAGAAAAUUGGAGAGAAUGCAUCGAACAUCACAACAUUAGCGAUAUGCAUUUGCUCAGGCCUUUCAGUUUGAGCGUCGAAUACUCAAAAUGUCUUAUUUUGGACGACCCAAGACUACCUCAUACAAAAAUAACCUGUGAUUUGCCUUCCAUUGAUAUAUGUAUAUCUGACGCGAGGUUAUUGCUUCUAGUGACGUUGGUUACAAGUAUACCCUUUCCAACGAGUGAUGAUGAUGAAUUGGAAUCUUCACUGGGACCUUUGAAUAAAAAACUGUCUGCAUCUAGAACCAGCUUAUUGAAACAGAUACAGGAUGUUAAUAUAGCUGCACCUAAAGCUCUUUCUAAAGUAGCUUCGUCCACAUCAACUUCUGCAACGCAAUUUCAAUUGAUGGUUAUGUCAGUUUGUCUAUCAGAAAUCAGAUUUACGCUAAACCAGCAAGAGACACUUCAGUCCCCACAGCACGAACUGGCUACUUUUAAAGUUUUGUCAUUGCAAGCCUCACUUUUACAGCGAACUUUCGAUAUGAAAGUCAGUCUUCUUCUGGGAGGAAUCUCCUUAACUCAAAACAGAAACGAUUCCGUGAUCAACAUCAUCAGCACUCCACUGGAAUACACCUCAAGCGACUCGUGUCUGUUUAAAGUUGAAUACACUCAAGUUGAUACGAAAUCGCCAGAAUUCAAAACCGUUCAUCAGUUGUGCGAAACUUGCCUGACGGUCGAUUUCAGCAUUUUAACCGUACAACUACACCAAGAAGCCCUACUUCUUCUUAUCGAAUUUGCGCAAAGCUUACAAAAUUCCGUCACAGAUAUUACCAGCAGUUCUGGUCCAGUUCCCUUAGCUAGGCGUUUGAGUAUAGCCAGCAAUCUAAGUGAUUUUGGAAAAGAAACUUCCAAGACUUUGUUGUCGAGACAGCGGAGACAGGUGGAUUCGGUGGUGGAAAGUAUAAAAAUCAAAAUUAAAGCUAGGAUUGAAGAGGUUAAGGUUAACUUUUCUACUGACAGUUUGAACAUCGCUUCCAUAGCUUUUAGAGACCUAAAUGCCGAAGUGAUUGUAAAAACCACUUACACCCAAGUCAUGGCCAAUCUCCGCGAAUUGUCAGUUAUGGAUUUAAAUCCCGAAACCAAACACAGUGCGAUCCUGAAAACCGAAGCAGACGAUGCCCUUACGGUACUGGUUGUUCUCAAUAACUUGGAGGGCGAAUCUUACAAGCCUGACAUAGAUGUGCAAGUUAAGAUGGGUGGUACCAGAAUAGUAUUCGUAAACUGGUUCGUCACCAACUUUUUGGGUUUCCUCAAUCAAUUUCAAGCGGCCCAGCAAGCCAUCGUGGAGGCUUCAGAAGUGGCCGCUCAGAAAGCCAAAGAGAACGCAAAAGAAAUGUAUCAGAAAGCGACUAAAAUACAGUUGCAGAUCAAUCUUAGGGCUCCGAAAAUUCUGGUUCCCGCCAGUAGUCAGAGCACGGACGCUUUGCUUCUAGAUCUCGGUAUCAUUUCGAUUAGCAACAGAUUUAAUGUUCUGGAUAUUAAAAAUAAGGAAGGAUACUCGGCAGUUGUGGACGAUAUGAACAUAGCCUUGACUAAUCUAAUCCAGUCAAAAGUAAAAUUGGACUCGAAUGAAGCCAUUCUUCAGGAGACGAAUAUCCUAGAACCUAUCAAUUUUGAGAUCAAGGUUAAGAGAAACUUAUCGGCCGCAUGGUAUAAGUCCAUUCCAGAUAUAGAAGUCGGUGGAAAGAUUAAAUCUAUCUGUCUACAUCUGUCUCAGGCAGAUUAUCAGAUGAUUAUGUCUGUUUUGAACGAGAACUUACAGGAAGGCAAGGCUGCAAGUCCUCCCGAAGAAAUAAAAGUCACAUCUACAACAACUGUCACGACAAGAGCUACAUUGGAAUCUGGUAUUAGUUUAGUUUCAAGAGAAGAUAAAUCCGGGGCUAAAGAAAAGCCGCAUAUAUUUCUACAGUUCACUUUCACCAUGGAUCAUCUAAUUCUCAAUUUGUACAGCGGCGGUUUCAAGAGUAACGUAAAAUCAACGCCUGAUAAAAAAGCGGACAACCAUCUUGGCCGAUUUUCCUUAGAAGGGUUUGCAGUCAAAGGAAAAAUUCUGUCAGACGAUUCCCUGGUGGCUUCUAUCUUACUGGUCAAUUGUCUACUUGAUGACAUGCGCAAAGGCAGAGAAGAUAAACUUAAUAGAUUAAUAGAAAGGUCUAUGAACGACGAUUCCGUAUCCUUGCAUUCCGACUCGGGCAUUCCAUCAUCUCGCAGCAUGAUAGAUAUCACUUACCAACAGUCAGGGAACGACAUGUUUGCGGACGUGCGCAUUUUCAGUUUCACCCUGAUCCUUUCCGUGGAAUACCUGAUGAAACUUGCAGACUUUUUCGGAGACACCGAAAAAAAGGCAAAGGCUCCGGUAGAAGUUAAAAGUACCAAUGCAGCAGCGAAAAAACCGUCGAAAGUAUCCAUUGAAGAAGCGCAGCCAAAAUCAUCCAGUCAGAUAACGUUGAGCUUGAAGAUCGAGAAACCCGACAUUAUCCUUGUCGAACACAUGAACAAUAUAAACACGAACGCGAUGAUAUUGAACGCCGAAGUCGUCCUAAAAUUCAGAAUGAACGGAGACCAUCAAGUCGUAAACGGCUUGAUUAAAGAUUUGCAGUUGUACACUUGCAAAUAUAAUCCUGCGCUAAGGGCAGAGAGCAGGGGGAAUAUUCUGCAUCCUGUAACAAUCAGCCUAGCGGGAAGCACACCAGAAGACAAAGGGUUGCAUAUAGAACUUGUGGUUGAAGCUGUAAUAUUGAGAGUUUCCCCUGCAACAAUAGAGCUCUUAAACAGAGUUCUAGCUACGAUGUCCGAACAGCCGGCGACAGGCGGCGACGACGUAGAAGAGACCAACUUCCAACACAUCUGGGACGUGAAACCGUUCAAAGACAACGACUUUUGGUUCUUGAAAAGUGACAUGGCAGAGGAAGCCACAGAACAAGUGAUGGAGUACAUACCGGAAAAGAAAACCUUGCAGGAAAUCUGCAUUAUAUCCAUGUCUUCCUUGGUGAUAACCGUCGAAGCCGGUGUAGGAAACAAGACUCUGCCUAUGUUACUAUUCGAAACGACUUUGAAAGGAAGCGCGAAGAAUUGGAGCUCUCAGUUGAGCGUGGAGGCUGGAAUAACAGUUCAAAUGGGGUACUACAACAGUAGGUUGGCGUUGUGGGAACCACUGAUUGAACCGGUUGAAAGGAAACGUAAUGGUAAACUGACGUUUGAACCUUGGGAACUGAAAUUGGAACUUUCCAUGAACGAACCUGAUGACAGUUUGAAUUUUUCCAGUCCAACAUCAGAAGAGCAAGUGGAGAUUGUGAAUCAACCCCCUGUAAUGAGUAUAGAUUUCACGUCAGAGAAAACUCUAGAAAUGACCGUCACAAAGACCUGCUUAGAAGUACUUAACAAUCUGGGCAAAGCUUUUGCUUCAGCCAUGAAAUCCGAGGAAAAAAUAUCUUCUAGCGAUGUUCUAGCACCGUACAGAGUUCUCAAUGAGAUUGGAGAAGAUAUAACUUUACUGCUACAUGAAAGUUCCUUUAAUGUAGCUGCAGGAGGAUCAUUAGAAGAUAUCAACAGAUCUGCCGCAGUUCCGUUGGUGUUAAAAGAUGCACCAACAGACGAAAUUCAGCUCGACAAAGAGCUGAAUAGAAGCGCCCAAGAAAAAGAAUAUUUCUUGCAAGUUAAAGUGAACAAGACUGACUGUGAAUUGACUUUGCCAGUGAUGAGGGCGGAUAAACGAUUUUUCUCUUUAAAUUAUACCAAGGAUAAUAAUAAUUGGGGUGUUAUUUCUGAUGUUAAAGUAGAUGCAGGUGUUACUUUAGUGACAAUACGAAGCAUUCUACAGGUAUACAAUCAUUUUUCUGUGCCAGUUGACGUCUAUUAUAUGACAGAAAAGGGUAACGAACUAGAACUAGUAGGUUCAGUGGAACCGAACAGCGUUCUAGAUCUUCCACUUAAAGCCGUUUACACGCCCACAAACGAACUGUUCUUCAGCGUGUCGGGAUACUCGGUUACCACUGCUCCAUACAUAUGGAAAGAUCUCCAAACCAACUUGAACAUCGUCAAGAUACUGCAUUGUCCCAUUUUAAAAGACAUGGAAUAUACCGGGAAGUAUCCUUUUAUCCUUAAGGCUAUCGGUGAAAUGGAACAGGUGUAUUACGCAAAUACAAUGCGGCAUACCAUGGCAAGCACUUGUUUCAAUAUCCAUUUGAGACCAGCGGCAAUACUGAAGAAUUUCUUGCCGUUGCCGAUUAUUGUUUGUAUUGACGAGUUGGCUGACGAACUGGAGGUUAAAGCUGGAGAUACUCUUCAAUUGCCUAAUGUAGAUCCAGGAAAAAGCGUUAUAGUAAUAAGGUUGCCUGAAUAUCUGGAAAAAGAGUGGUCUUGUCGCAAGGAAACCGAAACCAACCCACAAGAGUUCAACGUAUGGACUUUCGACAGUUACGACAGCCCAACGAAAAUGUCUCUGGACCUCGGUAUGCACACCAUCAACAAAAACGGCUCCUUAAUAUAUUCGUUGUACUGUCCGUUCUGGAUGUUAAACAAAACUGGACUGAUGCUCGGAUACAGGAAAUCAAAGAAAACUGAGAGGAACGAUGCAUUUGGAAGUCCCGUCAAGAGCUCUGACGAGAAUCUCAACGUUUUACACCAUCCUGCCGACUUCAAGGGGCCCAUUCUGUUCUCUUUCAACGCCCGAAACUUUUUCGGUAAGAAAAAAUCGUCGAUCCGUGUGGAGUCCGGUGAUUGGUCAGAUAAAUUCUCUUUGGACGUUGCCGGAUCGUCUGGUGUGGUACACUGCAAGUCAAACGAUAAAAUAUACCAGAUCGGUGUCCAUAAUCAACUGACUUACAAUAACUUUACCAAACAAGUCACAUUUACUCCGUAUUAUGUAAUUAUCAACGAAGCACCGUUUGCUAUAGAAUGCCAAGAAAGUAAUAGACCAGCAGAUAGUUGGGUUAAAGUUGAGCCAAAAUCGUGUUCAGCUCUGUGGCCUAAAAGCGACGUAGAAGAUAAAUUAUUGAAAUUAAGAAUAGUGGGUACAAAGGAAACCAGUGCUCCCUUCUUGUACACUGAAAGCCAUACUACAUUAUUAAAGUUGAAUAACAAGCACGGGGGCGUAAACGUUGACAUACAACUUAACGAAGGGGCGGUAUAUAUAAACUUUGCCCCGUACACAGCUGGCUCUGCACCGGCAUUGAUUAUAAAUCACUGUGGUUCGGACAUGAACUUCUGGGAAAAGCAAUCAGUUCAAAUUAGAACCCUGAAACCCAAAACGUCUUUGUUGUAUACAUGGGAGAAUCCUUCAGGAUCCAGGACGAUUUUAUGGGAAAAAGCUCAUAAAAUCGAAAUCGAAAACGAUCUAAGAAAAGAUGGCUGCGGAAGCUUUCAAAUUAGCGAAUCUCACCAAGUUUAUUGGACUUCAUUUUUGGAUGGAAUGCAAAGAAUCCUACUUUUCACCGAUAAUAGCAGUCUAGCCCAAAGCGCCACCAAUAUCUUGGAAAUUAUCCAGCAAGAAAUAACGCUCACUUUACACGGUGUAGGUUUGUCUUUAGUUAACAACGAAACUAGACAGGAAAUUAUGUAUAUCGGAAUUGCCAGUAGCGGGGUAAUAUGGGAAACCUGCAAACCCAAUAAAAAGAGAUAUAAACCUUUAGGCAUUGCAGAAUCCACUCACAUAGAAAACGCAUAUCAGCAUUACUUAAUACAACAGUUAGACUCAGAUUCUAGUAUUUCAGGAACAGUGUUGAUAGAUAACAAGAUCGAGGUCGAUUUUGAGUCUAAACAAAUGUUUAAACCCCGUAGACGAACUCUCAGACGUACCUUCCAAACUGGAGUAUGGCUACAAAUGAAAACUAGUCCAAGUCAAACGCAAUUACAUGCUAAAAUCAAUAGACUACAAAUUGAUAAUCAAAUGUAUGAUUGCAUAUUUCCUGUAGUAUUGGCACCAGUGCCGCCACCUAAAAGUGUAGCUGCUGACAGUGGUAUUAAACCUUUCCUUGAACUAAGUAUUGUUCAGAUGAUACUGAAAAACAGUCAGAUUAAACAAUUUAAGUAUUUCAAAGUGUUAAUUCAAGAGUUCCAUAUCAAAGUCGAUUUGGGUUUUGUCAAUGCUAUUGUGGCAUUGUUAGGAGAACAAGCCGCGAAGUCUGACGAGGAAGAUAGGGAGCUGUUUGAAACUGACAUGAAACUAGUGGACCAGGCCUUAUAUUCUCACGCAUCCAGUCAAGUCUUGCAAGGUCAGAAGAGUUUCUACGACUUGCUCCACUUCUCUCCUUUAAAGAUACACGUGUCGUUCUCAUUGGCUGAGGGUAGUUCCGGUGGCCAAAACGCCUCAACACCGAAUUUCCUCAACGUCUUGCUGCAAGGCGUCGGUGUUACCCUCACAGAUCUACAAGACGUUGUUUUCAAAUUGGCGUUUUUCGAACGCGACUAUAUAUUUUUGACUCAAAGUCAGCUGACUGCUGAGGCAACAAAUCAUUAUAUUGGUCAGCUUAUCAAGCAGCUGUAUGUACUGGUUUUGGGUCUGGAUGUUUUAGGAAAUCCAUACGGUUUGGUCGUUGGUCUCACUAAAGGUGUGGAAGAUCUGUUUUACGAGCCGUUCCAAGGUGCCAUACAAGGACCCAGCGAGUUUGCCGAAGGUCUUGCUCUAGGUGUCAAGAGCCUAUUGGGACACACUGUGGGCGGAGUUAUGGGCGCGGCAACAAGAAUAACAGGCGCCAUGGGCAAAGGUAUAGCAGCGUUGACGUUCGACGACGAAUUUCAAAGAAAACGAAGAGAGCAGAUCAACAAAAAGCCGGCAACAGCGCAGGAAGGUAUCGCGCGAAGCGGUAAAGGAUUGGUCAUGGGUGUGUUUGACGGUGUGACAGGGGUGUUCACAAAACCUGUCGCCGGUGCCAAAGAGCAGGGCGUCGAAGGGUUCUUCAAAGGUUUGGGAAAAGGUGCGGUCGGGCUUGUCGCUCGACCAGCUGCAGGAAUUGUCGAUUUUGCUAGCGGUUCUUUGGAUGUCGUCAAAAGGUAUGCUGACGUAAGCGAGGACACGUUGAGGUUAAGACCGCCAAGGUUUAUUCCGUCUGACGGCUUAGUGAGGUCGUACAACUCUUUUGAGGCCGAAGGCCACAAGUUACUCAUGGAACUGAGUAAAGGAAAGUACGCCAAAACUGACAUUUACGUCUUUCACGCUGUGGUCAUCGAAAAGAAAGAAAUACUGUUGCUGACAGAUAAACGAAUGGCUUAUAUCACACAUAACGAUUUGUUUGGCGGAUGGCAGGUCGAUUGGUCAUAUACCUGGCAAGAACUGAAACAACCAGCUAGAGUAGUACCCAAAGGCGUAUCUAUUUCUACCGCAGACGAAAAGAAGAAACUGUUUGGUUCAAACGAUACUAUAAAAACUAUACUUAUAUCAAAUCCAGCAACAAAAGAAGAGCUUUGCGCCAAAAUUGAAGGAUUACGUAGUGCCUAGUAGAUUUUUAAAAAGUCUUGAAUACAUAUAUACAUAUAUACAUUUGCUUUCCAGUGCCUGUGGAUAAUUUUAUAGAAAAAAAGUUAUAU